AUGUUUCUGAUUUUCAUUUCCGCUCUAUCUAAUACAUUCACAACCGUUAUACCGUUGGCUCUUACAAUUAAAUCCCUUUCAUUGAGUGAGGCAUCCACAUCAUAUCUGUCUACAUCAUCACCUAAUAAUUCCCCCAAUGCAUCAUCAUCACUAUCAUCUUCGCCAUCAUCAUCAAGUACUUCUACAAUAAUAAUAAUACGAUCGAAGCAAUUCCUUCUAAAUUACUGGCUCUUUUAUAUUAUCAUCCAGUACAUUCAAUAUCAGCUUGUACAAGAUCAAUUUUUAGUGGCGCUUGUUUUAACGGGAUUAAAAGUAUGGUUAUUUUAUGGAAAAGAUUCCAACUUGCAAAUUAUCAAUGGAUGGAUACUAUCAAAGAUAUUUGCGGCAGAGCCAGCAUCAAAUAUAUCAGGCGCUGAUAGACUAGUCAAUUUUGAGUUAAGAAUAAUAGAUCCAUUAUUAAGAAAAUAUAUUACCUUACCGGCUAAUUACAAUAAACAUGGAACAGUAUUACAAUAUUACUUAAUGCAAUUGGGAAGGAAGUAUAGCAGAGCUGAAAACUCGAAACCUCAGUAUAAUCAACAUCAGAAUCAUACAAAUCAUUCAUCACGUAAUGAGAAUGCUUACAAUUACAACGAAUUCGAAUCUUCUAUAUCGUUUUACGCGGGUAGAGCACUUUGGUUAAUAAGGUAUUUUAUGAUGCAGCUUAUAAAUUAUACUGGUGAAUCGAAGCCACCCACUAAUUCGUCACCGCAAAUAUAUUCAAGUGCUCUGCUUUCACCAACCACAACAAUUAAGAAGAGGGGACAUCGUCUUUCCAAUUCCAAUUCAAUAAACAACUUGAAUUCACAUUUGACAUCUGUCCCAAAUUCAAGAAAGGCGUCGCGGACUCCUUCUCCAUCUGGUCUAUAUGCCCAUCAACACCAAUUCCGUCCAUACCCUGCUGAUGAACUAAUUUCUUUAGAAGCCAUUGAUAGGAAACCUCGAAGCGUAUCGAAUCAAUAUCCUGAAACUUUAAGUCCAGGACUGUUUGAGGAAUAUAAUAACCCUAGUAGUAGGCUGAGGUCUCGCUCUUUUGGAGAAAUUGGUAACGAAGUCUUCAGAGUUACUCCAAUGUCAAUUAAAAAUAUGAAGCAUCUGCAUCUGCAACAGAAGCAGCAAACGCCCGUAGCUUACCCCAUAGCCCAAAGUUCAAAAAAUGAACAAUUAGGUUCAAUGCCAACUCCAGAGCAACAUAUGAUAAUGAGAAGUACUUCAACUAGAAGUAGAAGGCAGUCGUAG